AGGUCCACCCACCGCCUUCAAAGUUCAAACCAUCAAAAUUCUCGUUUCAAGAAACACAAACAAUGAAGCGUUCCAUCCACGAUCUCCAACCAAAUCAAAAUCCCCCCGAUUUCAAGCCCGUCUUCGUCUCCAAAUCCCACCGCCAAACCCUACCCAUCCUCCCCCGCCGACCUUCGUCAUCCAUUGAUGCCGGCAACCAUGACCUCAAAGAUGACGCCGGGAACCGCGAUCGUGUUCGGGAGAAGGAAUUGGAAGCUAUCAGAGAGCAGUUCUUUGGAUCCUCAAAGAAAAAGCGCGUGUUGAGCAAGCCUGGUCCGCUGAACUCCCACUGGGAUGACACUGAUGAUACCUCGGGCGAUGUCGACGUUCUCUGCCGCGUUAACCCUCUUUGCGGCAGUGGAUUCAUCGCUGGGAUUGACCGCCGCGAGCAGAGGAAGCUUGCUGCUCGCCAGAAGAAGGAGGCGAUUGCCCAGAUCCGGUAUGAUGCGUUUGAUAUGCGGGUUGAGCGGCAUUGGUCGGAGAAAAGGCUGGAGGAGAUGACUGAGAGGGAUUGGCGCAUCUUCAGAGAAGAUUAUGGCAUCUCCUAUAAGGGUUCCAAGAUCCCACCGCCGAUGCGUGGCUGGGGCGAGAGCCGGUUGAGCCCCGAGCUCCUCAAGGCUGUGGAGAGGGCUGGUUUCAAGACCCCUUCGCCGAUCCAGAUGGCGGCCAUCCCGUUGGGGCUGGAGCAGCGCGACGUGAUUGGGAUUGCCGAGACGGGGUCUGGAAAAACUGCAGCUUUUGUCCUCCCUAUGCUUGUUUACAUCUCCAAGUUACCGCCGAUGAAUGAGGACAGUGAGGCUGAGGGUCCUUAUGCCCUGGUCCUUGCUCCUACUCGCGAACUUGCUCUGCAGAUUGAGGAGGAGACUGUGAAGCUUGCUCGAUAUUUGGGGAUCAAUGUGGUCUCUAUUGUUGGUGGACAGUCCAUUGAAGAACAAGGAUUCAAGCUGAGGCAGGGCUGUGAAGUUGUUGUUGCCACACCGGGCCGGCUUCUUGAUUGUUUGGAGAGGAGGUAUGUUGUGCUUAACCAAUGCAAUUAUGUUGUGCUUGAUGAAGCUGAUCGCAUGAUCGAUAUGGGUUUUGGGGAGCAGGUUGCUGGUGUUUUAGAUGCUAUGCCUUGCAGUAACAUGAAGCUGGAGAAUGAGGAUGAACAACUACAUGAUAAGAGGAUUUAUCGGACAACUUACAUGUUCAGUGCGACCAUGUCAUCUGCUGUGGAGCGACUUGCUAAGAAGUACCUGCGGAAUCCUGUUGUUGUCGUAAUUGGCACAGCUGGAAAAGCCACUGACUUGAUCACCCAGCGUGUUUUUAUGCUCAAGGAAUCUGAGAAGCUUCCGAGGCUUCAGAAGCUUCUUGAUGAUCUUGGAGACAAGACUGCCAUUGUGUUCUGCAAUACAAGAAAGUCUGUGGAUUUGUUGGCUAAGAAGUUGGAUAGAUUGGGAUAUAAUGUGACCACAUUGCGUGGAGGGAAGUCCCAGGAGCAGAGAGAGACCAGUCUCAAGGGCUUUAGGAGCAGGAAGUUUAAUGUUCUUGUUGCCACGGAUGUUGCAGGACGUGGCAUUGAUAUUCCAGAUGUCGCUCAUGUCAUUAACUAUGAAAUGCCUGGGAGUAUUGACAUGUAUACACAUCGAAUUGGACGAACAGGUCGAGCUGGGAAGACUGGUGUUGCAACCACAUUUUUGACUCUUCAGGAUUAUGAAGUCUUCUAUGACCUGAAGCAGAUGCUCAUACAGAGCAAUAGCUUGGUGCCUCCAGAACUUGCAAGGCAUGAGGCCUCAAAGUUCAAGCCUGGGACCAUUCCUGACAGGCCUCCAAGACGAAAUGACACUGUCUAUGCGCAUUGAAUUGAUUGAAACCAGUGAGUCAUCUUGAUUUCCUUUUGGUGAAGCUGCCUGAUAAUAAUAAAGAAUCCUGAAUGUUUCAUAUGGUUAUUUGAGAAUAUUUAUUGGUAAUAAUAACUUUUUUUUGUUCAUAUAUUGUCUGCAUAAUUUGGUUCCACUAGAAAUUU